AUGGCUGAAAAUCAAUCAGCCGGGGAGCGGGGCGUGGCCGACUCGGACUCGAAUCGGAAGGAUUCUUUCACGGGCGGUAAGGCUGUCAACGUGGGAAGCAACAAUGAAAUCUUUCCCGACGACAUAGUGCACGUCAUCGAUAGGGCUACCGAAAGGGCGCUGUGUCGCAAAUUCGAUUUCCGGUUGUUGCCUGUCUUGGCGGUCAUGUACUUGUUCAAUGCACUCGACAAAGGCAACUUAGGAAAUGCUGAGACCGCUGGUCUCUCGGGUGACUUGCACUUUGCUGAUGGACAAUACAACUUAAUUGUGGGCAUUUUCUUCGUCCCUUAUGUCGUAUUUGCGCCUCCAGUGGCUAUGCUGGGUAAGCGCUUUGGUCCGGCUCGUGUGCUGCCCAUCCUGAUGUUCUGUUUCGGGUCCCUGACCCUGCUCAUGGCCUCGGUAACCAAUUUCUCUGGCGUCUUCGCCCUUCGGUGGUUCUUGGGUAUAUCUGAAAGCGCGUUCUUCCCGUUGGUUAUAUACUACCAAACCACAUUCUAUCGCCGUGGUGAACUGGCCCGUCGCUUGGCUAUUUUCUACGCCGCAUCCAAUAUCGCCAACGCUUUCAGUGGGUUGCUUGCGUUUGGUGUCUUCCAAAUUAAAUCACACCUUGUUGAUCAUCCGUGGAGGUGGCUUUUCAUCAUCGAAGGUUCUGCCACCGUCAGUUUCUCGGUUUUUGCUUAUUGGUAUCUACCGAAGAGUGCUGCCGAGGCCACGUUUUUGAAUGAUGAAGAGAAAAAACUGGCAUUUCACCGCAUCCAAGUCGACAGCUCCUCCGUGGUCAACGAGAAAUUUGACCUCCGAGAAUCUCUCAAGAUUUUCAAGCGUCCUUCGACAUACGGGUUUCUGCUUAUCGAGAUCUGCCUUGGCGUUCCCUUGCAGGGAGUCUCGUUAUUCUUGCCACAAAUCGUGCAGCGUUUGGGAUAUGGUAGCAUCAAGACCAAUCUGUAUACUGUGGCACCCAACAUCACCGGGGCGGUGAUGCUGCUAAUACUUGCAUUUACGUCUGACGGCUUCAAAAUUCGGUUCCCCUUUAUUUCCCUGGGGUUCGCCUUCACCUUUAUAGGUUUCAUUAUCUACGCCGCCAUUCAAGACGUCCAGGCGCAGAUUAGAGUGGCAUACUUCGCGACUUUCAUGAUGUGCUGGGGAACUUCAGCUCCAUCUGUUCUGUUGAGCACAUGGUACAACAAUAACGUCGCCCACGAAGGCGAAAGACUAACCCUGACAUCCGUGGGAGUCCCACUGGCUAACCUUAUGGGGUUGGUGGCGAGUAAUGUAUUCCAGAAGAGGGAUGCACCAAAAUAUCUUCCCGCUCUCAUUACGACUGCGGCCUUUGGCGCCACCGGAUGCCUCAUUGCCGCAUCUUUGGGAAUGUACAUGAUCUUCGACAACAACAGAAGAAACCGCCAGCAAGGUGUUUCUCUUACUGCGAAGGACAUCCCGACGAGGAAGUUGCGAGAUGGACCGAAGGUUCCCGAGUUCAGGUGGUUCCUGUAA